UCCCGCGUUUCAGGCCGUUCCGUUCGGUUCGGUCAAGUUCAUCGUUUUCGGUCGGUAUUUCGAAACAUCAAGGGUUGAGUGGUGGGAAAAGUUCGAGCAGAACCUGCCAGCUGCGUUGCGUGACAAGAGACUAUCGAUUCUAAUCAACAAGGUUCACGAGGACAGAAGUCAGUUCAAAGGAAAGUUUCCCGUGCCAGCCUGCAGUUGGCUCCGACGAAACGUUAAUCCUAAUCGUCGGAAUCUCGCACAUGUCGGCUAUCGAAUAGUUGGUUCGGCAUUUGAGUGGUUGGUUGGUUGUUUGGCGAAAAAGGGCUGUGUGAGGGGAAACCAAUAAAUGAGUUAAAUUAGGCUUGUACAGAACGAUACAAAAAAAAACACAACAAAAGAGAUUACCAGUGGCCGGUUUGGCUUUUCGAACCAUCAUCGGAGUGUUUCCGUACGGUGAGAAAAGCGCUCAUUAGCACCAUGUGUCCUAUGCACCGAGCUGGCAUGUAACGGAAUGAUGUUGUGAUGGAAUUAUCCCGUACUGUCUGUCACAAUUGGAGUAUAGCAUGCUGAGCCGGGAUCAAGAGUGAGACAAGCUGGAAGUUAAUUAAAUAAGUGUGGACUGUGCUGGAUUUUCCUGAAACCGGUGAGAGUUCCGUGCCAUUGGGGAGUGUUCUGUUAUGUGCUGUUCUGGUGCUUGUGUGCAAGGGAAUACUCUGAUUGUGGAAAUUUUGAUCCAUUCUGGGGCCGUAAUUAAAUAUCUCUGAGGUGGAAAUUUGUGGAACCAGCGUCAGUGUUGCUAAUUGAUGGUGUAAUGUGAUCAAGUGUUGCAGCAGUGUUGAGAGACAGACCCAGAGAGCCGGGAUGUUCGUUAUUCAGUUAUAACUUGGAGGUUUACGGAAACCGGAAAUUAUCCCAGUUAGGGGAAAGUUGGAAAAGGUUUAUUUCGAAGUCCGGAGAACCAUGCACGACAAUACUCUAUCUAUUAUCUCUGGAACGAUGGACUAGAAUUCUCAUUAGCUGUUUUCUUCGGAUUGAUAUUAUAGUGUCUCCGCGUCCGAGUCAAAAUGAGUUUGCCAUUCUCGAUCCAGUAUUCGGAUUACUUCAAACUUUGGCACAAUGACACGUCAACGAACGAAAGCUCCACGACGGAGGAACUCCGUUCGAUUCCUGCAAUCAACCAAACGUACGAGAUAUAUGCACCCAAUUUUCCAUAUCCCUUCUCGCCGGAAGAGCAAAAUUACAUCGAACAGUUGAGCGAACGGUGGAAGAACCGCUCCAACUACACGCUGUUCAACGUGUCGGCCGUCGAGUGUAACCACGGUCACUGGGCGGGACUGUACUUUGAGUUCAUCAGCUAUUUCCUGUACGUGUUGAUCUUCGUGACGGCAGUGAUCGGCAACUCGAUCGUGCUGUUCAUUGUGCAGUCCCAUCCGCGAAUGCGUACCGUCACGAACUACUUCAUCACCAACCUGGCCGUCGGGGACCUGUUGAUGAUGCUGUUCUGCGUGCCGUUCACGUUCAUCUCGAUGUUUGUGCUUCAGUAUUGGCCCUUCGGGUUGAUAAUGUGUCGGUUGGUGAACUAUACCCAAGCGGUGUCCGUGCUGGUCAGUGCGUACACGCUGGUCGCGAUCAGUGGCGAUCGGUACCUGGCGAUUAUGUGGCCGCUCAAGCCGAGGAUCACGAAGACGUGUUCGAAGGUGUUGAUAGGUGUUGUGUGGAUCAUCGCAUUGAUCACGGCAGCUCCUACCGCAAUAUUUUCGACACUAAUUCUUCCUACGGAGUGGCACGCCGCUUGCAAUCUCCCGAUCUGCAAGGAGAUGUGGCCCUCGAAGGAGCAGGAGAGCUACUACUCGACCACGCUGCUGAUGACUCAAUUCGUGAUACCCCUGCUGGUGUUAAUUUACACCUACACCCGCAUCGCGAUCGUGGUCUGGGGCAAGCGGCCUCCAGGCGAGGCGGAAAACUCCCGGGACCAGCGGAUGGCCAGAUCUAAGCGCAAGAUGAUCAAAAUGAUGGUAACUGUGGUGAUCGUGUUCACGAUCUGUUGGCUGCCGUUCAACUCGCUCAUGGUAGUGGACGUCGACACCUCCUGGAAUCUACUGCCCUACGUCUGGUUCGCCUUCCACUGGCUAGCAAUGUCCCACAGCUGCUACAAUCCCAUCAUCUACUGCUACAUGAACGCUCGGUUCCGGUCCGGUUUCAUCCUAGUGCUGCACGGGGUGCCCGGACUGCAGCAGCUGUGUUGCUGCUUCCGCCACACUCCGAUCAACCUCGCACGCAACGUCGGUUCCAGUGUGGCCCUCGCCGGUGAGAUGAAUGGAAUUUACGGUGACAGUGCACUAUCCCGAAAGGCUAGAAAGCGAGAAUCGAUGAAAUAUCGCAUCUGCAUCGAGUUAACACAUGCACCACCUACAUAAGCACCAGGAGGAAGACGAAUCAAAACACGCAACAGGUUCUGUCAACCGAGACAUCCCUGCUACGAUGAUAUCAGCAAAGCUAUGACUGAGCGGCGACUACACGCACCGUGGUCCGAACGGAGAAUUGAGCCUGACAAAAAAUCACUAUAAGCAGCAGCAGUAGCGUCCGUAGGAAGUUGAUGAGGUGCGAGAGGUGUCAUUGUUGUCGUUCGUAGUAUUCUGGCCACCUUCCUGAAGCUCUAUCUUCGACACCGGUGGCAGCUUCGUUGGAAUGCGUAAACCACACGUACGCAACCACAAACACAAACACACACAGAGAUAAAUACUUCUGCUCGGCAAAGGACCAACGUAAUACGAUACAGGAAGUAGGAAGCAACUUGCAAAAUGAUCCCCGUAGAGGGUAGCCGGAAUCAAUCAUCGACGAGACGGGAGGCAGAAGGAAGUAAUAACAAGAAAAUGUCACUUCUCAUGAAUGGGUGGGGUGGGGGAGAAAGAUGCCAUAAAUCAGAGAGAGAGAGAGAGGAAUCUUGGGAAAGUUUGGGCUGUGGGCUACUGGGUAUCACACUAUGGCAGUGCGGUGCGGUGAAACACUCGAAAGAUGCCGUUGAAUGAUUAUGCUCAUAAACCAAAGUGGAUGUAUGAAAUUUACACACGAAAAGAACAGUUCACAAAUGGGAAAACUUAGCAAUGGAUGUAAGAGUGGGAUUGUUCACUCAUUCGAAUUCACUUGCCAGUUUCAAGUUGCGUUCAUUUGUUCAUUUUCGAUCUAUUAAAAAUACGCAAUGCUAAAUUCAUACACUCAUUCAGAAUUGAUUCAACCUUAAGCUCAUUUGUGCUGUGAAGUGAAAAAAAUAUGAGAUGUACGGUGGUCGAAACGUCAUGUCGCCUAGGUAACUUAUUUAUAAAAGAAAAACUGAACGAGGCGCAGCAUCAUCGGAAAUAAACCUAAAAUUACAAAAAAAAAAGUUUUCAAUCCUUCAGUCUAACGCCUUUUGUGGUUCUGUUGAGGACAUUUUACAUUACGAAUGAAAUAACAAAAGUAGUUCAGACUGAUAUUCUCGAACAUACUAUGGACAUACACUGAAUCUGUAAUAGAAAUAUAAAUUUUAUAAGGAUUUUUUUUUAUUUCUAAAUUAAAAGUUUUUUCUCCGUACGUAUAACUCAUAAUCUCAAGAGGACGGAUGGUCAGAUACAGAAUCAAAUGGAGAAUAUUGAAGAAAAUUUCGAAAAAAGUAAUUGCGCAUAUGUUCUGGAGUGAAAAGUUUGUCCAAUUGGAGUUCAUUGGUUAUACUUGGCCGUUCUGUUUUUAUUCCAGUAAAAUCUUUAAAAACAUUUUUUUGUAUAUUAAACUGCAAAAACCAGUAUUUAAAUUAUAGAAAACUAAAAUUUUCAAAACUAUAAUCGAACAUCUUUUCAACCUGAUGGUCUUACCCCUAGUUUCCCUACAUGUUGAGAAAUCAGAGUGGAACGACGGGGUGUAUCUUCUAUUACUCCAAUUACUCCAUGUUUCGAGCUCGCGUAUCUUCAGUAGGAUGAUUGGAAAUCCUUUCCUCACAAACAAGGUCUUAUUUUAACCGAUCUACACUUAGUUCCUUUCUAUCAGUCUGCGAUAAAAAUGUCGACUGAUAAUUUUCAAACAACUGCUGAGCAAUUUUAUUCAUCCGUUAGGUAUCUAUACAAUCCGUUUAUUAUUAUCAUAUCUACAGUGACUCACAGUGACUACAUACCUAAAUCUACAACAACUAUUCAAUACCUGACCGACCGAUCAAGAGAUUUUUGGCAGAGAUUGUUUAAGAGAUGUCGUUGCUCUCCGAAUUGAAACAUAUUGUAUUUGACUACAAAAACAAGCUGAAAACUGUAUUUAGCAUCCAAGGGUAACCAUAAAUCAAUUUCUACCUGUUAUUGAUUUUUUCUAUUUAUUUAUUUAAUUCACAAAUACAACAGGCUACACAUGCCCUAAUGUAUGAUAUAAAAAACUAAAACUAAAACUAUUUUUCACUAAGCCUACUAAAACUAAUACAUAAGAAAUUUCAAAUUAUGUAAGAGCAAUAACAUACAAUUUUUUGAGGGACGAACGUGAAAGAUGACAGUCAAAACAGGAGCUACAACGGUUAAACAAACGGCACAUACUAGUCACAGGUUCAUGGUAUCCGUAAUUUGUUCGUGUUGAGGAGAUGUAGAGAAAAUGACGAGAACGCAAGUUACGACGAUUAACAUUAAAGUUGAUUAACCGGAGAAGCUCAGGACAGUCGAUUCUAGCGGUAAUUAAGUCCGAAGUAAAUAGGGCCUUGGCAACGUUUCUCCGUGAAACUAAUGAGUUAAUCCCUAUUAGUUUGCAUCGAUCCUCGUAGCUAGGAAGAUUUAUUGGGUCAUUCCAUGGUAAAUUGCGUAGUGCGAAUCGGAUGAAUUUCCGCUGGAUCGACUCAAUUCGAUGAACACUAUUCUGGUAGUACGGCGACCACACCACACAAGCAUACUCAAGAAUCGAGCGAACCAACGAGCAAUAGAGAGUCUUGAUACAAUGCACGUCCUUGAAUCGCUUUGUGACGCGGAAGAUAAAUCCAAGUGUUCUGGACGCUUUAGCGAUGAUAUAGGAUACGUGGUCGCGAAAAGUGAGUUUCGAAUCCAGCAUAACGCCGAGGUCCUUAAUGGUACUGACACGAUCCAAUUUAACACCAUGCAGCUUAUAUUCGAAGAUUAUCGACGAACGCUUGCGUGAGAACGAUAUUACCGAACACUUUGAUGGAUUCAAAAGCAUCCUGUUGUUUGCAAACCAUUCGGCGAAGAUGUUGAGUUGCUGUUGUAAAAUCUCAGCAUCUCCGAUGCAGUUUACUGGGAGGAACAAUUUGAAGUCAUCUGCAUACGAGAGUUUGAGACACUUCAAACUGAAAUUUAUAUCGUUGAGAUACAGUAAAAACAGGUAAGGACCAAGGUGACUGCCCUGAGGAACACCAGAUGUUACCCGUAAAGGAGUGGAUAUUGUGUCGCCUAUUUUCACUGACAUAACGCGGUCAGUGAGGUAGGAGUGGAGCCAUUUCAAAAGUGGACCGUUGAAACCAAGACGAUGAAGCUUGGCUACUGCGAUGUCGUGGUUGAUAAUAUCAAACGCAGCAGAGAAAUCUGUAUAUACCGCAUCAAUUUGUUUUCUCGAUUCCAAAGAGCGGAUAAUGUACGAUGUAUAUAGAACGAGAUUAGUGACAGUUGAUCUUUUGGGCAUGAAACCAUGUUGUUCUUCUGCGAUGUAGUUGUUGCACGCAUGCGAUAUGAAUUCCAGAAUUAUUAUCUCGAAUAGCUUGGAGAUAGCGCAUAGGGAAGCAAUUCCUCUGUAGUUUCUGACGUCUUUUUUGCAACCCUUUUUAAAUACUGGGAAGACAAAUGAUUUUUUCCAUAGAUUCGGAAAUCUUCCGCAGAGAAUGGAGCGGCGGAAUAAGUUACUCAACGGUAUCGAGAGGCUGCUAGAACACAUCUUCAAGACGACGGGAUACUAUCGGGUCCGUAAUUUGAAGAUUUUUUCAAUUUUUUACAGGCAUCGUGUACAAUAGCUGCAUUGAUCACGGGAUAAUAUCUGACAGAUGACAGGCUGGGUACGUUGUUCAUAGCUGCAGAUACUUGAUCGCAAGUAAGUUUUUCGUCGACAAAGACUCCGCUAAAUUGUUUCCGGAACAACUCUCAGAUACCUUCUCUGGUGGUAGCCACAUCAUUAUCGCGCAUCAUCGUAGUAGGCAAACCAAUCUCUUUCCUCUGGCUGUCAACAUAACUCCAGAAACCUCUUGGGUUGACACGCAAAUUCAUUUGUGUACGAUUUUGAUAAGCAUCAUACAACGCAUUGUUCAAUCGUUUGUAAUUUUUGUUCGAAACUGAAUACCGGUUUUUCCAAUAGUCACAGCGAUAUUGAGAAAAAAAUUUCAGGUUGGAUUUUUUAAUUGACUUUAGUCGUUUCAAAUUACGAUUUGUCCACGGUGGAAAGGGCGUUUUACUAGUCAUCCUUUUGGGAACGAACUGCUCAAUUGCGUAAACCAACACAUUUGACAUGGAUGAUGACGCUUUGUCUAUGUCAUUAUCGUUCAAAAUUUCAUUCCAAUCUAUGCUUAGAAAGAAACGGUUCAUUGACGAAAAGUCGGCCUUGCGAUAGUUGUAAUGAAUUAACUCCGUAGUGUGAUCGAAAACAAGCGGCGGACUAAUGGAUACAGAGAUCAGUAGUGGUGGAUGAUGACGGCAUUGUUUCACCAAAGGGGCAGGAGCUUCAAUCACUUCCGUCUUGAAAAUGAUCUCUACACUACUAAAACAUAGGUCAAGAAUACGGUUGUUGUCGUUGAGGAUGCUAUUCAUUUGACAUAAACCGGCGGUGCUAAGGCAAUCUAGCAGAUACUCUGUAAAUGAAUUUACAGAUGAAUUAGAAUAAUCUGGAUAUAGAUAUUUCGAUGCACUUAAAGACCAAGCGAUGCCAGGCAUGUUGAAAUCACCCAGCAAGAGGAUACUGUCAUUCAUCUCCAUUUGUUCUGUGAUCCAGUGAAUAGUCGAAAUAUGCUGAUUAAUAACCACCGAGUCAUUGGUACGAUCAGGAGGAAUGUAAACGACACCAAGGUACAUCGUUCGAUUAUACAACGAAAUAGCUCUAUAACUGUACACUAGGAUGCCAAUGAAUGUACGGGAAAAAAUCGACCCUAAAAUUUCAAAAAGUUACCCUAUACGAAAUGUUUACCACCUCGAAAAAACACCCUAUGCCAUUUGACAUCAAUUUAUCAGCUCAAUCAGACAUGAUAUUUAUCAGCCCAGUCGGACUUAAGGGAGAGUGGCGCAAAGCGGUCAAAGUUUAAGUUUUUUUGAAUAUCGAAAAAUCACCCAAGGGGGAAGAAAGGAAAUCAGGGUUUUCGAAAAAAAAAGUUUGAUGCCAAAUGUCUUAAAAUUGCAUUUGCAACAAAUUUCACUCUAUAUAAUAUGUGAUUUUCAAAGAUAUGUUAUUUUUUGUUUUUGAGUAAAUUAAAAUUGAAAUCAUUAGUUUUUGGGUGAAAAACCAUCAAUAACUUCGAGCAGGAUUAAGAUAUUGACAAAUUCUGCAUCGCAGAAUUGAUAAGCUCUAAAAGUCGUACGAAAACAUUGUUGAUGUAGAGUUUUAAAUAUAAAAGUUAAAGUAAAACAACCGGUUGUUUCAUGGUUACCCAAAUACAAUUUAGUUAAAAAACAACAUUGUGGGAGAUAUUUAUUCUUUAGACAAAAACUGUCUUCGACAAAGUUGUUACAUAUGAUAGAGCGCUGUUAUUAAAAAUAGGGUGGCCAAAAUUGUCGAUAAAAUACGAAAUCUAACUUUCUUAUCUUUAUAGAUAGGGGUAAACAUAGUUCGACAAAGUUGUAGCCCCAAUUAUUUUAAUUAACUUUGUAGAACAAAGCUUUUUGCUAUUUUUCAAUAUAAUCGAUUCAGCGCUUUUUUCCUAAGCUGCAUUAGGGUGACCAUGAAAAUGCGGGUUUUUUUGCUCCAACUUUUAUAUUUCAAAUUCUACAUCAAAGCUGUCUUGGUACGAUUUUUAGAGCUUAUAAAGACCAACAUUUUGCGGUGCAGAACUUGUCAAUAUCUUAAUCCUACUCAAAGUUAUUGAUGGUUUUGCACCCAAAAACUCAUGAUUUCAAUUUUGAUUUACUCGAACACGAAAAAUAACAUAGUUUUGAAAAUCACACAUUAUGUAGAGUGAACUCUGUUCUUUCAAAUGCCACCAAUAAACUUUGUUUAUGUUUGCCCCAGAAAGAAUGACAAACAAUUGCAGAGAACGUAUUUUUUGGGAUGAAACAUCAAUAACUUUGAGUAAAGUUGAGAUAUCGACGAGUUCUGCAACGUUUGUAUCAGUAUCAAACUUUUAGAAUAGUCUUUCGAAGACAGUUUGUAUGUAGAAUUUGAAAUAUGAAAGUUAGAGAAAAAACAGUUUUUUUAAUGGUGACCCCAACGCAAAUUUGGAAAAACGCUCUAUAUCGGUUAUUGCAAGAGAUAGAAAAAAAACUUCGCUCUACAAAGAUGUUUUAAAUAAUUGGGACUACCACAUUGUCAAACUAUGUUUACCUCUAUCUAUAGAGAUAAGAAAGUUAGAUUUUUUAUUUCAUCGAAAAUGUUGGUCACCCUAUUUUUGGCAACAUGAAAAUGAGCGCUCUAUCAUAUGUAACAACUUUGUCGAAGACAGUUUUUGUCUAGAGAAUAACUGUCGAGCUUUAAAUGCUAAUUUCCACUUAAAUGCAUCUCCUGGACCAUUGGACCAUGUAUGGGAAUCCCCUGAUAGCUGUUUUAAUUAAACUUUUAAGCUCAUUUGAAGUAAAGUAUGAGGAUGUCAAAAAAUGUGCUGAAUAUUUAUAUAAACUGGCCAAUCAAGAAUCGGUUUCGGCUGGUUUCCAGACGUUUGGCGCGGUUGGCUUUUAUAGGAUCGUUGUCAGUUGAGUACUAGACCCAUGCACGUUGUUAAGUAUCUGCCUUUUUAUGAUUCUCCAAUUAUUUUAUUAAUCGAAAUAAUUUCAUGACCGUACAAGAUGGAUGCCUGGAUGCCUACGCCUGGAAAAUGCUUUACUUUUGGAGUUUAAACAUUUUGGUGGCCUUCAUGCUGAAAACAAAAUGGUUAUGAGAAAACUGAAAUUUUGAUUCCCUAUUUAAAGAAAAUAUGAUACUUAUACAGAAUAAGCAGAUAAAUUAGAAAAAAAUGCUUUUGAUUUUUCAAAAACCGAUUGAACCAUUCCUACGCCGUUUAGAAAAUCGAUUCGUCAAGAUUAAUGUAAAAUUUUCUUCAGACGCGAUUUUCGUAUAAUAUGUUUUUCUCUCUUGCAAAAAAUAUGGUUUUCAUGUACAUAAAAUACAGAUUCGAUAUAGAAAAGCUAUUUUUCAUUCACAAUUGUUAUUUUGAAGUGUGUUCAUUUCACCUGAAAUUUUAUCAUAAUCAUUGUCGCUUCCCAAACUCGUGAUAUGAAGCUCAAUGCCGUCAACGCGAAUUUAUUGCUCCAAAAACUAAUAUCUUCGCUUCGUAUGCGCUGCCGGUUCGUAAUGAGAAGUAACACAAAUACAUCAUGUUUUUAUCGACCUGUACCGGUACGUGCAGGAUAAUAUAAAGCCGCCUUUACAGUGAGAGUGUGAGAGAGAGAGGCAUGUGUUCAUGCCUUCCCUAUUUGACAGCGAAUAAACGAAGUCGUGCUUCACUGAGGAAAACCGAGUUCGCGAAAAUGAAUAAUUUGUUUUCAUUCGACUCAAUACAUUCAUCUCAGUCCGAAUGAGAGAAACUAGGUUCUCGUUUCACAGUGAACCCUUUCGGAUCUUGAUUGACGAUAUUAUUCAAUCUCAAACGAUCGAGUAAUGCUUUUUUUUAUUUGAUGACGAAUAGUAUUCUCUGUGAUUAUCGUCGAUCUUUUUUUAAUUGGGUUUGAAUUUUUACCGCACUGAUCAUGACAACACCAGGCCAUACACACAUCGAUAGUGAUUCGCCACAAGCUCCUGUAACUUGAUUGAGAGAAAGUUGUGAAAAUCAACUGUCUUAGGUUUUUUUCUUUCAAUAAGGUUGGAGGUCAUUAUGAAAUGAACUUGAAUAUGACAAUAGAUUUAUCAAACAAAAGUCGUGCUUGACCAAAACCGGGUCAUUCUAACUAUGCUGAUCAAUUAAAUUGAAAAAUGCUGACUUUCGAUUUACUAUUCUUUAUACUUGGCACCUAUCAACUGCUAAAGUAUAGUGAUAAUGGAAGAUGGAAUCGCUAGCUGGCGUCCACGUCGGAAAAUGUUCAAUAUAAUUUUUUUUGUGUCGUAGAGUUUUCCACUGGUUCAUGUCGAAUCAGACCCUUGAUCAAUACAUAUUUACAACGGCAUCCGCUGUCGUCAUCGAUGGACUAUCGGAAAUCAUUCUCUUAUUAACUUUUUAUAGGAACGGACAAAGUUGCCUCACUUGCCACUAUGAAGAACAUGACUAACGCAACCCGCGGCUUCCCUACUGUUUUUUCCAUGCUUUACAUCAACACAAAGAAAUUUGUAACUGAUAACUAGCGACAAUUUAGAUCAAACGUUGCUUUUUGCUUUGUUCUACCUGCAAUAUCUGAACGGACGGCAAGCUUCAAUCUUGCUUUGAUUUUUCAUUUAACACCACUAACUUAAUAAACCUUCAUUGAGUCAAAUGGAUCUAAACAUCGUGAGUACGAUGUUAUUGCAAUACAGUGAUUUUUUUUUAUUGAAAUCAGAUCUGUUGAUUAGAACAGAAUCGAAUUCGUGAGGAGUUAAAAUAUUUGAAUUUCGUUUAAAAUUUGGUUUUGACUUACACUACGUUUUUCUGGAUUGUUUCCAGGCUCAAUCCUUCUUCUGGCCUGUGGUCUCACAUGCUUGAAAGCCGUCAUUGAAAUUCAUCCAAAAUCGAGUUGAAACAGCACAACACCACAAAUUGGCUGAAUCGAAUGUUAGAAUUUUUCACUUGAGUUAAUCCAAUGUUGAGUUAUUCUUCCCAAUAGAGGAAAAUCGAACAUUCCUUUUGUCAGUAGCAAACCAGAGGAACCGAGAAUCGCAUAAAAACAGAAUCGGAAAAAUCACAAUCGGCGGGUUGUCUACUAGUUUGAAACACAUCCGGAAAUCUCCAUGAAUCAUUUUCAAUUACGUGUAAGAUUGCCAGGCGACGUUGAGUUAUGACUGAAAUCUAAUAUUUCUGCGUUUAUGCACUUGUAUGUGACCGAGGAUUAAUCACCUACAUCCAAAAUGUCAAUACAAUCUACCGGUAUUUAAUACAAUGAACAUCACAUAAACUUCUUGAACACUCGAAUAGUGUUGAAAUAAUCCAAAAAAUAGAAAACUGGACAAUUAAAAACAAUUGUCGCGCAGAAUAAAGGCAAAGAAACAAGUUUGUUUCGACAGGAGCGUGAAAGGAAUUACAAGAAAAUUUCAGUCGCAAUGAGAAUGUAUCGGUUUCCCACAACUGGAUUUAAUGAAAAUAAGCGUAUAAGACUAUUCACGAUUGUAACACAUUUUCACAAACAAAACAUUGGUUUCAUUAACAUCAUGAGAUGCCAGCAUGAUAAACGGAAUCAAACAAAUAAAAACAGUAUUCACAUUCGCCCAGCACGAACACCCUAAUCAAACAUCAAUCAAUCAACAUCGCUUCCGCGCGUUGGGCAGAUAUUAAAGCUGACACCUACUGACUCCAGAUCCUGAUGACACCCAGCGAUAACUAUUUUCCAAACGUCAGUCCCAUAUAAGACGAAGGGCUGGGACUGGCGAACAUCAAAAGUUAUUCCAAUCAUAACCCGCCAUCGAUAUUGAAAUGGGUUACUGAUUCAAUAAGGAAGGCAUCCCAUGUCUAAGACAAAGGAUUCAUGUUAUUGUUAGUUGCUGUAAAUCCAAUUAUCAUAAUAAUCGAUGCUAUCGGAACAUAGAGGAAUGUAUAAACUUUUUGGCAGAUAUGUAAUUUGAUGAGAGAAGAAACCAAAAAAAGUCAAUCUUACGUUUAUACCUGUAUAUAUAAUGGAAAACACAAAAAUGAAUAUCGAGUGACUGAUAGUGCUGAAAUCAAUUCUCGUAAACCAUUUCAUUAAAAAAUUUAUAUAAAACAUGACCCGACUAGAUGAACAAAAAAGUGCUUCGUGUUAGGCUAACUGGAGAAUAUUGGUGUAUGUAUCAUUUUCGAAAACCUG